AUGAAUGAAGACGAUACUUCUUCUCAACGGAGGGACGAACAAAUUCAACGAUCAGAGAUUGUCGAAGAACUAAAGGAUUUUUUCAACAGUAAAUUCAACGAUUUGAAGAAAACUGUUCAGACUGAUUCAGAGUGGACUGCGGAGGCUACUAGAAAAAAAUGCAUGUUUAAGAGUCAUCGUUGGCUAGAAGUUGAAGAAAUGUGUGAUAUAUUGCCUAGUAACCAGGACCUUUUCUCAGAAGUGAAAGACGCUGUGACGUCUAGUAAAGAACAGUCAACCUUACGUAAUUAUAAAUAUUCGAAGUGGUGUUCUCAGUUUGGGUUUUCCUACUUGCCUGCAUCACCAGUAACUCUAGCAUUAUAUCUAGUAUCUUUAAUACAACUCGAAGAUAAGCCUUGUGGGAAAUCGAAGCUAAAUUUAGCCUUUUAUUCUGUUAAUAACAUGCAUGAACUAGCUUGUUUGGAAAGUCCUUGUAAAGAUAAAUGGUUAAAACUCUGUUUAGAAGGCUGUUUAAGGAAAGUAUCGCGGCCAAUUGAGAAAAAAGAGCCUAUUUCACCGGAAAUAUUGAAACAGUUAGUACUCAAAUUUGCUUCUGAGAAUUGUUCUUUGGGAAAUUUAAGAAUUGUUACUUUAUGUGUUUUGAGUUCAGCUGGAUUUUUAAGGAUAAGUGAGGCGUUCAAUCUUAAACGAUCUGACAUAGAAUUGUUUGAUUCUUAUUGUUCAUUAUAUAUUGAAAAAUCAAAAACUGACGUUUACAGAGAUGGACAGCAUGUUGUUAUAGCUAAAACAGGGAACUUUUCUUGCCCGGUAUCUCUUUUAGAGAGAUACCUGCAUUCUGCUAGGAUUCCUGAACAUUCCACUGAACAUAUCUUUAGGCCUAUGCAAGCUGGUAAACAUUGCCGCGAUUGUGGACUCAGAACACCUUUGAACAAACCACUUUCUUAUACUAGAACCAGAGAAAUUUUUAAAGAUAUGUUAACCGCAAUCGGAAUAGAUGCUAGUAGAUAUGGUUUACAUUCAUUCCGUUCCGGAGCAGCUACUGUGAGUGCAAAUUUGAAUACUACUGAUAGACUGUGGAAGAGACAUGGACGCUGGAAGAAUGUUUCAGCAAAAGACGGUUAUGUUAAAGACUCGAUUAAGAAACGUUUAUCAGUGUCAUUGAAUUUAGAAUUGUGA